AUGGGACCUGCCGACGGCCGGCCCCCGAUCGCGGUCCUCGCGGUGGCCCUCGCCUGGGCUGGCUGGCGCGCCGCCGAGGUCGGCCUGCUGCCCGAGGGUCUGCUGGGUGUUGGCGGGCCGCCGCCCCCGCCGCCGCAGCCCGACGCCGACGCGGUGCUGGGCGGUGGCGAUCCCGAGGGCUCGCCCGCCUGGCUGGAGGCGGUGUGCCCAGUGGUGCCCCAGUGCCCAGCCUGUCCGGCCUGCGUCUGCCCGCAGGUGGAGCUGCAGGGCCCGUCGCCGGAGGAGCAGGCCGAUCCGCUGCGGUUAGGCAUGGCGCGCCUCCCGCUCGACGUGGAGGCGGAGUGGUACAGUGAGCUGGUUUUCGGCCAGUUCGGGGCCGUGGAGUACGACGGCGACGGCGUAGAUCACAAGAGCAGUUUGCUCCAUCUUCUCGGCGAUGACGUUUGGUGGAUCGGUGGGUCAGACGGCGAUGAGUACUUCCAGGACGAUGGCUGCCAGGGCUAUUCGGACGACACCGUGUCCGCCAGAGUGGUGCAUCUUCCUGUCGAGGUAGGCGGCGAUUCGCGGUUGUGGCUCGAUGAGUACCUUCGAGAGAUGGGUUUGGCCACCACGGAUCGUGCCGCCCACGUGUCACGUUGUAUAUGCGAGGAAGGGUAUCUGGCGUACGGCUGCGACCAGGUGAGUCUGGGUGCUCUGACGGCGCUGGAAGUUUGGCGUGAGCGACUGGUAAGCUUCGUGGCGGCUCACGCUCAUCCGCACGUCGUGCCGUGGGAGGUGGCGAAGUACUACGCUGACGUGCAGCCCACCGAGGUCGCUGCAGGCUCAGUGACGUGGGUCCCUGUGGCACGCAGGCUGCACGAGGAUUGCGAGGGCUUGCAGGCCCGCUGCGGAACCCCCUCUCGCGGGGGGUCCCCCGACCCUGGGGCUGGCGGCCGCCCCAGACUGGCGGCCUCGCGGGGGCAGCGAAGCCUCUUUCCGCUCCCUCUGGUGCCGUUGGAUUCGGUGCGCCGGGGGCGCGGCAGUGAUCGCCUUGUGAUGGUGAACGACGCGCUGAAAGCACUGAACUGGAUGGCAGGCUGGAAGGAGUUUUUGUGGGCGAAUCGCGGCCCGGACGGCCUGCCCGAUGACAUGCAGGCGGACGCCCAGCGGAGGGUGCGUGAGUUGGUUGAUAGCUGGUACCCGCGCCCUCCGCCUCACAGCGACGAGGCGGCACUCAAGAAGUUGCUUCAAGGACAUUCCCCAUAUCAGGCUGCGGGGUGUCCGACAAGGGUCACGUCCUUCAAGCUCGACCUCCUGAGCCUCCCUGGCUCUGUCCGAGGGUGUCCACUGAUCACGGGCGUGGCGCCCUCAGAGGUUAUCGGAUUUCUGGUGGACUAUCACGAGCGCAUGCUGGCGCCGCCCGUUGAGAAAUACGAGACGGUCCCCUACUUCGAUCCCAAGUUGAUCGUCGACGCCAGGCGGGCCAAUGAGUGCUUUCAGGCGCCGCCCGGGGUGUCGCUCCUGAGUUCGGAGGGCCUGUCGAGAAUAGAGGUGGAGCUGCCCGCUAGCGCGCCGCUGGGGUCCGAACAGGCCGCAAAGUUGUUGGAGGACUUCUGCCUCUCGAUCGGCCUCUCGGACGUCUCGAACUGUUUCCACAGGUUGCGCGUGCCGGCUUGGCUGUCGGACUAUUUCUGCCUCCCUCCUGCGCCGGCUCACGUGAUGGGCGCGGCGGGCGCGGAGGUUAACGGGCGUGUUCUUGGCCGCGCGGAGGCAGUAACGCCGUGCUGGGAUGUGCUCCCCAUGGGCUUCACCUGGAGCCUAUGGAUCGCUCAGAUGAUCAACGAGACCACCGCGACCAAGGUGACACCCUCUCUGCCUGGAUCCCCUCUGCGCGAUCGCGGACCGCCGCUGGUGGUGAGACCUGCCCUGGGGGAGGAAUGCGACGCGCUUAGCCACUGUGUGUAUGUAGACAACCUCGGAGUGAUAGGUGUCUGUGAGGCCGCAGUUGGCGACGCGCUCGAGCAGCUGGAGGAGGGCUUCAACCGCGAGGGGCUGCUGCUGCACAAGUCGGAGCGCUCGCGCGGCGGCAUCGUCGCGCUCGGCGCGGAGCUCGACGGUGCGGCGCUGCGGGCGCGCGUUACGCCCGAGCGAUUCUGGAGCAUAUACCAGGCUUUGGGUGCGCUGCUGCGGCGCCGGCGGGCCAGCGCGUGGGCGCUCGAGGUCGUCUUGGGGCGCUGCACGUUUGCCGCCUUGUGCUGCCGAGGCCUGCUCAGUGUUUUCCAUUUGGUGUAUGCCUUCGUGGGGCGGGGCCGCGCCUCAGGACGGGCAGAGCCGCUGUGGGGCGAGUGCCGCUCCGAAUUACAGGCCUUCAGGUCGCUAAUGAUCUUCAUGUUCAGUGACUGGCUCCGAAGCUGGAACGACCUGGUGGUCCAGACCGACAGCAGCCUUGAGGGGUGCGCGGUGGCGCAGGCGCUCUGGCCUUUUCAGGCCGCGCGCGAGGUGGGUCGCACCUCUGAGCGCCAACGCUUCCGCCGAGUGGGCUCCCAUCGGGCUCGAGAGAGCGUCCUCGAGACGGCGGGCUUCUGUCGGAAGGCGGACGGAAGCUGGGCAGUCGCAGCCGCCGAAGGGUUUGAUGGGGAGAGUGGUGCUUCCGAGGAGGCGUCAUAUUGGGAAGUGGACCAGUCUUUUCCCGAGGCUCGGCCGAGCGAGGGCCAGCUGGGGCUCGAGACGCUGGCCAGCCAGAGGAAGGCCACCUUGCGGCCACCAGGCGUCCAGCCGGCGCUGCGCGGCAGGCUGAGUGGCAGGCGCCACGGAAGGGCUCCCUCCGACAACGAGGAUCGCCUGAAGCCCGCGCCCAGGCUGGCAGACGUCGGCGAGAGCAGCAGCACCAGCGGCGAGGGGGGGCCAGGGCCUGGCGCCGCGCUGGGAGCAGCGCGGAAGCGCACGGGCCGCCAGAGAGAACGAGAGCAGGUGAUCACCGUCCUGACGGCCGCGGCCAGGGGCGCCCAGCGCUCCCCCAGCGAGAGCUCGGUGGCGCUGGAGGUGCUGGGGCGAUGCCGGAGCCGGUCGGCGGGCUUCGACUCUUCGGAGGGAGAGCGCCCGCGAGUGCACGGCGAGCUGGUCGACGGCAUGCGAAUGGAGUGCCUCGGUUUGCUCCUCUUCAUGGGCCGGGGCGCCAGCGAGGGCAUUUACUGGCGCAGCUGGUCUCUGACGGUGUGGGCUGGAGUGGCCAGGAUGUUGGCUGGCCUUUUCCCUCUGCAGGCCUCGGUCCUGCGGUCGGUCUCGCUCGGCAGCCGCUGGGGGCCGAGCAAGCUGAUGAGUCUCAAGGCGUGGCACGAUUGCGCCUGCAGGUGGCAUCUCCCUUUCCUGGAGCCUGCUGUUCUCCUUCUCACAGCGGAUCGAGCGGAGCAGUACUACCCGCGGCGACGUCAGCAUCGAGAGGGGCUCGCCGCUCUUGCGGUUCAUAAGGCCCGUCCAGAGAGUGAUGGCCGAUGGGCCGAAGGACGAGGUGGUUCGGACGUCGCGUGUCUCCAGAGUCCCCGGAAGCCGAACUUUUCGCGGGACGAGCCGAGCAUCGCAGAGACGAUAGUGCAGCACCCGAGGCGGCACGUGGGACCGUCGAUCGACAUCUUCGGGCAGCAUCGGACGGGGCCGGAGGCCCAGCGUCGCGGACAGGGUGGAAGCAUCAUGAGUGUCCAGCGGUACGACGAGGACGUCAGGUUGGCGAGGAGCUGGGAGCUGCUCCCAGGCAGGAGAUCCCAGCUGCUGGAGGCAUGCGGAGCAGCGCUCGAGGACGUACCCCCCGGCAGACCGCACGGCGUGGCGCCCCAUUGGCGGGGCAUUUCAAGAGUCGCUACAUCCUCGACCUUUAUGCGGGGACUGGUGGCGUCGCGCGGGCCGCUGUCCAGCAAGGUUGCAAUGCUCAUGCGUAUGAUCGGGCCCAUGGGCGAAGAGCUGCAGAGCCAGCAGAUCGCCAAGCUCACCGGGCUUCUGAACCGCCACGUCAACGGGCUCAUAAAGGGGCUGAUCCAGUUCGAGGUGGUCGACGCAUUCGGCCACUGCAUCUGUCAGCACCAGAUGAGCCACGCCCGCACGGACAUCAUCGUGAAGUACUUUCUAAGUACGGUCCACAACAGCCUCCUUUACUGCUCUGAGAACCAGAGGAAGCUCCGGCAGCACCUCGCGGUGCAGAGCACUAUCAUCCAGGACAUCAUGAUUCCCUACGUGUACAACAUCCUGCCCGCGCUCUAUGACAGCCCCGCGUGCGGGCCCGGGCUGCUCGAGUGGCAGAACCUGAAGUCGGUGCGCCCGCCGGCCUGGCCUAACAAAUCGGGCACGUCCCUCUACAGUUCUAAAGGAAUGCAAGCAUUCUGUGAGCGGGCCUGCGCCGACCUCACCAGUGCCCUCACCGCUGCCAUCAUAGUUCGCGGCAGCUCGACGCCCUGCCCAGAUUGCGUCUGCUCUCCAGCGCUGCACUGCCCUGCGUUGGAGUGCCGCUGCCCGACAGGCGAGGGCUCGCUGGCAUCCGUGCAGCCCACAGGCUGGUCAACUGAGUUCGUGGUCGUGCUCGUGGUGAGCUCCUUCGCAUACGGCAUCGUCGUAGGAGCAAUGGCUGCUCGCACCUCUGGCCAGUUCCACUACGUACGGUACAACGUCGGGGGGCCCGCCAUCUACCACGAGAGGCUCACGUUGCUGCCAGGGUACAUCCUCACCCCCGACGAUGACGACUACGCGGAGAGCGACCUGGCUGGCGGCGACUUGAGAUCAGUGCAUGACUCGGCGGGCCAGGGCGACGCAAUCGUCGGAGUCGCCGCCCAUAGGCUCUACAAGUUCAGACGGCUGCCGUCCGCAGCCGUCGUCUGGGGUGCUGUGCGCCGCGGCGUCGCUCAAGGCCACGGACCUCUGCCGCCGUCGCCCUUCAACCUCGAGCUCAGCGCCGACAGCGUGCUGGGCGUGGCGGCGGGGGCGCUGGCCUUGCCCGACCCGCUCGGAGCGGCGCCCGCUGCCGCAGCGCCUGGGGCCCUGGCCUUGGCGGGCGCGGCCGCGCCCCCCGCGGGCGCCCCUGGGCCGCCCGCCGCCGUGGCCGCGGAGCCCGAGGGCGGGGUGGGCGCGCUGGCGGCGGCGCUCGGCGCGGGGGGGGCCGCCCUGCCUGCUGCCGCGGACCCUUUGGGCGUCGGCGGCGCCGCCGCGGCCCCCGCCGUCCCAGGCGUCGCGGGGCCUGAUCCCCGCGCGAUGGCCACCGUGCUCGACGCUCGCGGGCUGCGGGACAUGCCCUUCAGUGACGCCGUGAAGCGCCAGACCGAGACCGCCCGCCCCGACUGGCCCGUGAGGGGCCCUAGGACCGCGAUGUGGGUGCUCCACUUCAUGCUGCGCAUGGCUGGCGGGGCGAUGGCGUGGCACAACCGCUGGAUGGCCAUGGUGCAGGCCCUGGAGACGGACGACACCGCCAAGCUCCACGAGACGCUGUGCCGCGUCAUCGAGACCUCGCUCUGCCACGACCAGCUGAUCAUCUGCGAGCUGGCCUCCUACGAGUUCCUUUCGCGGCAGCUGCAGUUGGUGGAGGGGCGCUUCUUCGAGGAGCGCGCGCGCAGGACUCAGCCUGCGCCCAAGGCCAAGGGCCAGGCCAAGGACGGCGUCGCGUCCGCGGCCGCCGAGGCCUCUUCGGAGAUUGGCCACUUCCUCGGCACGGGAGAGACGAUGGGCAACUUGUGCAUUUGCCCAGCCUUGAUGGACUGGAUCGCCGACCAGAGGGGCCUUACGACGUGUUACCGGUUCGUGAGCCUGGCCAGCUUUGCCCCGAGCCCUUCGUGGCUCCACCUGGCCUGGAGUCGCCCAGACGAGGUGACCGUCGCCAGCGUGACGUUUUUCCGCUCCCUCUUCUUCCAGUGGAUGGGCGUCGCUUUCUUCCGCUUGGUCGGGGUGCUCGUCUACGGGCCGCCAAAGGCAGCCUCAGUGGACUACAUCGCGGGCUUGUGCCGCGACUUCGAGCUGCCCGCCGCCUACUCGGAGAGAGGCCGCGAUUGCGAAGCAUCCCUCGUAGAGAUGCUCGCACAGGCACCUGGCUACGCUGGCGACAGCGGUCGUGUGCGCCCCUUCAGCAUGCCACUUGUGGCCUGGCCCGAGUCGACGAAGGCAGUCUCCACCUGCGGCGUCGUCUCCGAGGCCGACUCCAUCGUGCUGCAGGAUUGGAGGCAGAGUAUGCUGAAUCCCGAGUCGGUGGCGGCGGAGCUCCGUCAAUCGUUGGGGGUUAGUCGCCCCCAUGUGGAUCCCGAGCUGCGCUUUAAGCCGAAGUCCUACGCUGAGUUUUGGAAGCAGCUGGAGGCCCACGACAUGAUCACCUGGCGGGUCUCCAGCGAGCAGGCACCCUUCUCUACUGGUCUUUUCUUUGUGCUGAAGACUAACGGCAAGCUCAGGCUGGUGUUCGACACCAGGCUGGCCAACUGCAGCUUUUCGUGCCCGCCAGCCACUCGCCUGCCCACGCCCAGCGCGUGGGCCAGCCUUGACUGCGACGACAGUUUUCAGUUCGCGCAGGGCGACAUCCAGUGUGCAUUCUAUCAUUUGCGACUGCCCGCUGGCAUGGAGUCUCUCUUCUCUUUGCCACCGAUAACCAACAUAUUCCUCGGCCUCAAGUCGGUCAACGGGGUUCGUCUCGGCAUCAACGAUUAUCUCCAGCCUCUUGUCACGGUCGUCCCCAUGGGGUGGAGUUGGGCUCUACACCUGUGCCAGAGUGCGCUGACGAGAGCCCUGUCGGAUGUCGGGUUUGGCAGUGACGAUAUGAUUCUGGAUGGGGGAUGUCCUCGUCCCUUGGUGGCGGAGAAGGACGCGGUGUGUGCUGGUUAUGUUGACAACUUCUGUGUCGUAUCCAAGUGCGCGGAGACAGCCGCGUCCCUUGCUCGUGCCGUUGCUGACCUUCUCACUGCCCGCGGGUUGCCUGUCUUGGAGUUCUCCCCUGCGGUCUGUAAGGGGGUCUUCACGGGCUUGGAGGUCGACGGAACCUCUGGGAUCAUUCGCGUUCGUCCUGACCGCCUCGCUCGCACUCGUCAAGCCGUUCUCGGACUGUUGAAGUGUGGGCGGGCCUCUGCUGGGGCCCUGAGCGUGCUCUUAGGCCACUGUGCCUGGGGGAUGAUCCUGAGGCGCGACGUGCUGAGCAUCUUUAACGCGGUCUAUUGGUUCAUGGGGGCUGUGGGGCCCCAUCCUGGACCCUUGUGGCCCUCGGUCGUCAGGGAGUUGUCGGCUGCCGUGGCCCUCAUCCCGCUCUGGAGUGCCUCUACAAGGUCUCGCUGGUAUCCACGGGUGUACGCGUCUGAUGCGUCGCCGUUCGGCAAGGGUGUCUGUGUCAAGGAGGUCUCCCCUACGCUGUCGUCCGAGGUCGGCCGAGUCGCCGAGCGUUGGAGGUAUCGUCAUGGGGAUGCUGUGCUUGGCAGAUCACGCGCCCUAGACGUCGACGGUCGAGACGAUGCUGCCGACGGUUGCCGUGCCGACACAUCGUCUACUGCUCCUACUGCUUCGUCGGUUGGGCUCUGUGGGCUCUACGAGGUUCCUGAGUCCAUCUACGGGGCCGAGGGUUGGAAGACCAUUCACUCUAGCCGUCACACCCGACGGGGCUGCGAUAUCCUUCAGUACGAGGCGGAGGCCCUGGGGACGUCGGGUCGUACCUCGUCUCGCGCCGCCUGCGGAUCCCCCACGGAGCUGAUCAAGGCGGCGCGGGGCCAGCGGGUGCAGCCUGGUCCGCUGACUCUCCUGCGGGGCGGGCGGUCGGUGCUGGAGGCCUGCGCGGUCUCGGAGCCGACGGGCAGGUACUACCACGCCUCCGCCCUCAGGCUUCUGAACUGGUGCCUCUGGACCGCCAGUGACUUCGCGAACAGCGUCGAGCUCGUCGCGAUCCCCGUGGUGUCCUUCGCCCACCUGUUCCUCGGCGGGUACGACAGUGCGACGGGCCGCGUCACGAUGGCCGCUCUGAAGCACCAGUUGCCGUCGAUGCUGAUGGGGGGCCGGCCGCUGCCACGGGCCUUGCGGGCCCGCCAGGGCUGGGCGAAGCGUGUGCCGCCGCAGACGCUCCUCCCGCUGCCGAGGGUCGCGAGGUUCGUCGUCGUGGGCGCGCGGGUGUCUCGGGGCCUUCUGUCGCAGGCGGCCCUCGCGAGGAUUGCAUUCGACACGCACCUGCGCCCCAGCGAGGCCUACCGACUCACGGCGGCCACCCUGGUCGCUCCGAGGUCGGGCCCCGCGGACGGCUACCAGCACUGGGCGUUGCUGGUGAUCGACGCGGCGAGCGGGAGGCGUGGCAAGACGGGGGAGACCGUCGAGCGCGUCAUCGUCGACGAUCCGCCUCUCUGGCCUCUCCUCGAGGCGUUGCGGCAAGGGCGCAAGGAGGAGAGCCUCUGCGCCUUCGCGCCACACCACCUGCGGCUCGCCUUCGCGGAGGCCCUGGUCCUCCUCGGCAUGGACGUGAUGGCGAGGACGGGCUUCCUCUCGCUGCCGCUGCCGCCCCUGAGGCCGCUGUCGGCGUCACCGCCGGUGCAGACGGCUCCCGUGAGGACCGUCAUGUGGCUCUUCGAGUGA